UCCAGGUGGCUACCGCGUGAGUGGGCGGGAGCGGGCGGUGGCCUCCGCUGGGGACAAGCGUCCGGGCUUCACUCCGCCGGGGCCUCCGUGGCUAUAAAGGGCAGGCAGGUUGCGGCUCGUCUGAGCUCGCCCGACUCCGCCCCAGGGGCUCGCGUUCCGCUCGACCCACUCGGGCCUCGGCUACUCAGGCUGCGGCGAAGAUGGCGGCGCCGGGCGCUCCCGCGGGCGCUGAGAAUGGCUCCGAGGCGCAGCUGGCGGCCGCCCUGGCUGACGUGCCCGAGCUGGCCCGACUCCUGGACACUGACCCGUACCUGAAGCCCUUUGCCCCGGACUUCCAGCGCAGGUAUAAGAAGUUUAACCAGUUUUUGAGCAGCAUUGGAGAGAAUGAAGGUGGUAUCGAUAAGUUUUCCAGAGGCUAUGAGUCAUUUGGCAUCCAUAGAUGUACUGAUGGUGGCUUAUACUGCAAAGAAUGGGCCCCAGGGGCAGAAGGAGUUUUUCUUACUGGUGACUUCAGUGGUUGGAAUCCAUUUUCUCACCCAUAUAAAAAACUGGAUUAUGGAAAAUGGGAGCUGUAUAUCCCACCCAAGCAGAAUAAAUCUGUUCUGAUACCUCAUGGAUCCAAGUUGAAGGUAGUUAUUACUAGUAAAAGUGGAGAGAUCUUGUAUCGUAUAUCCCCUUGGGCAAAGUAUGUGGUUCGUGAAAAUGACAAUGUGAACUAUGAUUGGGUUCACUGGGAUCCAGAAGACCCAUAUAAGUUUAAGCAUUCCAGACCUAAGAAACCAAGAAGUCUAAGAAUUUAUGAAUCUCAUGUGGGAAUUUCUUCUCAUGAAGGAAAAAUAGCUUCUUAUAAACAUUUUACAAGCAGUGUACUACCAAGAAUCAAAGACCUUGGCUACAACUGUAUUCAGUUGAUGGCAAUCAUGGAGCAUGCUUACUAUGCCAGUUUUGGGUACCAAAUCACUAGCUUUUUUGCAGCUUCAAGUCGUUAUGGAACACCUGAAGAACUAAAGGAACUUGUUGACACAGCUCAUUCCAUGGGCAUCAUCGUCCUCCUGGAUGUGGUACAUAGCCAUGCUUCAAAAAAUUCAGAAGAUGGGUUGAACAUAUUUGAUGGAACUGAUUCUUGUUAUUUUCAUUCUGGACCGAGAGGGACCCAUGAACUUUGGGACAGUAGAUUGUUUAACUACUCCAGCUGGGAAGUUUUAAGAUUCCUUCUAUCAAACAUCAGGUGGUGGUUGGAAGAAUACUGCUUUGAUGGGUUUCGUUUUGAUGGUGUUACCUCCAUGCUGUAUCAUCACCAUGGGAUGGGUCAAGGUUUUUCAGGUGAUUAUAAUGAAUAUUUUGGACUACAAGUAGAUGAAGAUGCCUUGGUUUAUUUGAUGUUAGCAAAUCAUUUGAUUCAUACGUUGUAUCCAAAUUCUAUAACAAUAGCUGAGGAUGUGUCAGGAAUGCCCGCUCUGUGUUCUCCAACUUCCCAGGGAGGAGGUGGUUUUGACUACCGGUUAGCAAUGGCAAUUCCAGAUAAAUGGAUCCAACUACUUAAAGAAUUUAAAGAUGAAGACUGGAAUAUGGGCAACAUAGUUUACACCCUCACAAAUCGGCGUUACCUUGAAAAGUGUAUUGCUUAUGCAGAGAGUCAUGAUCAGGCACUGGUUGGUGAUAAGACACUGGCAUUUUGGUUGAUGGAUGCAGAGAUGUAUACAAACAUGAGUGUUUUAGCUCCUUUUACUCCGGUUAUCGACCGUGGAAUACAGCUUCACAAGAUGAUUCGGCUCAUUACUCAUGCACUUGGUGGAGAAGGUUAUCUCAAUUUCAUGGGUAAUGAAUUCGGGCAUCCUGAGUGGUUAGACUUCCCAAGAAAAGGAAAUAAUGAGAGUUACCAUUAUGCCAGAAGGCAGUUUAAUUUAACUGAUGAUGACCUUCUUCGCUAUAAAUUCCUAAAUAACUUUGACCGAGAUAUGAAUAGAUUAGAAGAGAGAUGUGGUUGGCUUUCAGCUCCACAGGCCUACGUGAGUGAAAAACAUGAAGACAAUAAGAUCAUCACUUUUGAGAGAGCAGGUCUUCUUUUUAUUUUCAACUUCCACCCAAGCAAGAGCUACACGGACUACCGAGUUGGAACCGCAUUGCCAGGGAAAUUCAAAAUUGUACUAGAUUCAGAUGCACCAGAAUAUGGAGGACACCAGAGACUGGACCACAAUACUGAUUUCUUUUCUGAGGCUUUUGAACAUAAUGGACGUCCCUAUUCUCUUUUGGUAUACAUUCCAAGCCGAGUGGCCCUCAUCCUUCAGAAUGCAGAUCUGCCAAACUAAGGAGACCUGAACUCAGCCACCUCAUGUGGAUGUGUUUGAUUGCUGGUUCUUAUUGUCACACUGUUGAUAAAUAUGUAUUU